AUGGCUGACUUGCUCCUGGAGGGAUUUCAGGACUUUGCAUGUGCUUGUCUAGAUGACAUAGCCAUCUACAGUAGCACGUGGGAGUCCCACCUAGAGCAUGUAUCCAGGGUACUGGAGAGAAUUCAGACAGCAGGGCUUACCCUAAAGCCUGACAAAUGCCACAUAGGCAUGGCCGAGGUUCAGUACCUCGGGCAUAGAGUAGGUUCAGGCAAACAACGACCUGAACCGGCCAAAGUAAAGGCUAUUGCCAAUUGGCCACAACCCUGCACCAAAACCCAAGUGCUAGCUUUUUUAGGGACGGCAGGGUAUUACCGCAAGUUUGUCCCGGAAUAUAGCACCCUUGCCAAACCCCUCACCGAUCUAACCAAGAAAGCCCUUCCCAAACAAGUAGCUUGGUCCCCGGAGUGUGCGGAUGCUUUCAAGAAACUGAAAACAUGCCUCCGUGUUUGGGCUGGGAGCCAUGCUAAGUCAAGAGGGGGACGAUGGAAUGGAGCACCCGGUGGCCUAUCUUAG